AUGUCCGACGCUGCUCACACUAACAGGAUGGUCGCCCAUCGCCGUCUAGCGGGCCGAGGGCCCUUCAGAGUCCCGCUCUUGAUCUGGGACCCAUUUCUCUACCUUCAAUCUCCUUCACUUUGUGUUGUCAACAUUGCACCAUUUACCCACUGCGCGACCGAUCUUCGUGGUGGGAGUGUAACGAUGGCAGUGCAAUAUCUGCACCCCAUGCACUCGUCCUCGUUGGCCUUCUACACUGUGCACAUGCGCACGCUGGCAUAUGGUCACACAGCCGUGUCAUUGCUGCAAAUUGCCAGCCUAACAACUAACGCUGGCACGCAGGGAUCUGUGAACGCCUGGGUGCAUGGGGUGUACUUCCCUGGGAUUGGCUUUGAGGAAGCCGAACAUUUCACUGGAGCGCAUCACGGGGCGAUGCCCCCGCCAGCUACUUCUGCUACGUCUGACACAACUAUUAUUCCGAAGCCUACCGACAGUAGCAGUACAGAAGAUCCGCACAGCAGCAGCUCGAAGUCAUCUACCCGGGAAUCCACGACGUCAACGUCUCAGCGCUCCUCGUCUACCAGUCACUCGUCUACCAGUCACUCGUCUACCAGUCACUCGUCUAGCACAUCGUCUUCCUCGCCAGCAAAGGAGUCGUCGUCGUCUAGCUCGAGCUCCUCGUCGACCACUCAUUCGUCAUCGUCCUCGUCGUCCUCGUCGUCUUCCUCUAGUUCCCGCUCGUCUUCGAGCUCUAGCACGCUUCCUACUACCUCGGUUGUGUCAACACCGACGAUAUCUACGCCUCCUGUGCUUACGACUACGCUUGUGCCCACGACGUCGUAUGUACCGACAUAUACUCCUAUAUCUUCUGUCACCGUCACUGGUGCAGCGGCCAGUCCGUCUUCGACCGGUUCGACUGGUACCGUGAGCACUGGUGCCGUGGUCGGUGGCAUAGCCGCAGGGUUGGCCGGGUUAGCCACACUCCUGUUUGUUGGAAUGUACUUAUGGCGCCGCUCGCACAAGGAAGAUGGCGGAGAGAUCGAUGACUUCAACGCCCGGGCAUUCAAGGCACAGUCAGUCAUUCUGCCAGAUGAGGGAAUGCCGUCUCGCUCGGGAUCCACUUAUCGUGGAGGGCACGGUGGCUAUCGUUCGCCGUCGCCACCCAUGAUGGAGCAGAACAUGGCGAAUGUGCCGCCCUCCUUCGUCGGAGCGCCGCCUAUGCACCAGGGUUACGACCCGCAGGCCGCUUACUAUAACGACGGCUACAACAACGGGUAUGACAGUGGAUAUAACACCAGUUAUUACAAUGGCUAUCCUGCCCCGCCGUCGUUCGCCCCCGGUCAGUACAUCGCAACGAACCAAGGUCAAGUCGCCCCGCCCUCUCCGGUCAAUCCAUUUGUCGCACCUUUCGGUCAGGUUCCUGUCGAUGUCCCCAUGGAUGGGUCUCCGUAUGACUAUGCCUACCGCGCUCAGAGCCCGCCGCGAACACCGCCUGCGGCCCUCAUUCCUGGUUCUCCGCACGUUACGCGCCAGCCUUCUAUGGGUGCCGCACAGAGUCUCGCCCGUCAGCCGUCCGCUGCAGGGGCGCUCGGGCAGCCUGGUCUCUACAACCAGCCAUCUGACAUUGCCGCGCAGCUGCUGUCGCGCCGUCCGUCUGCUGGUGUAGCUCAAUACCCCGGCCAACAGUCUCCUCGUACCCCCGCUCCCGAGGCAACAGUGGGCCCUGAUCCGCACUACGUUGAUCUCAACAGGUCCAGUGUUACCCCGUUCCAAGCUGCACAAUACACGGAAAUCUCGCGCCGCCUUAAUAUUGCUCCACCGAGCCCGAUGUCGUCUCCCCAUGAAAUGAACUAUCCUGCCACAUCCUCUGGUUUGGGCCCUGUCAUGGAGGAUAGCGACUCAGGAUCUCUUUCUCGUCAGGCAUCCCUGCGCGAUAAAGACCUGCCCUCGGAACCGCCUGCUUACUACGACCAGGAGGACGGUUCGCCCUUCAGCGACAGUGAAGAGGUGCAGGAAGUUACGCUCCACUCGCAUAGCGCGAUGUACGACUCCGCGUCCAAGCACGACUCGUUCGGUCCGCUCCCAUUGCCCCGCUUUGACCAGCAUGCUCGCGUACCGUCUACGCCGCCGAUCCUCCCGGAGAUCCACAUCCAGCAGCGCGCGUUUUCACCCGUGUCUGCAGACUAUCCCAUCGCGCCGUCCUCCGCCAGGCCCUCGCCGCUGAGCUCGAGCUUCGGCCUCCCGUCGCCUCCGCCCCAGGCGCACGUCGCGUCGACGCCCACCAGUGCUUACCCGCCCAACAUAGCCGCCGUCGCGAACAAGGCUACUCACGCGCCCGCGGGGCUCUAUGCUGAGUCCGCGGUGAGGCGGCCUGACACGGUGUAUACCCUCUACGACGACGACGACGCCUACGGUGGCAUCUAG